AUGACUAUCUCAUACCUCGACCGCUGCGCUAAAAAGCGCGCUCACCAAUACUCCCUCAUCCCCGAGGAAUGGCGCUUAGAUCCCAUUCCCUCCAUAGAAUCCGUCCCCAACGCACUAGAAUACCUGCGCAAGAUCCUAAGCCCCGAUGAACUGGCCCUAACAGAAGAAACGGACAUCGCAGUUCUCCUGCGCAAGCUCGCAUCCGGAGACCUCUCAUCCCUAACCCUGACUCGAGCCUUCGCCAAGCGUGCAGCUCUCGCCCAUCAACUGACAACAUGCUGCACCGAGAUCUUCUUCGAAGAUGCAUUCGCCGUCGCAAAGGAGCUAGAUAACCACCUUGCAAAGACUGGUACUCCCGUCGGUCCUCUCCACGGACUACCGGUCUCAAUUAAAGACCUAUUCUCCGUUAAGGGAGUGGAUACAUCAAUCGGCUGGGUCGGCUUAACAAACAACCCCUCCCCAACGAACAAAUCCGUCGCCCAAACCCUCCGCCGUCUCGGCGCAGUCCUCUACGUGAAAACCAAUCUCCCGCAAUCGAUGAUGAUGUCAGACUCCUACAACCACGUCUUCGGACAGUGCGUAAACCCGCAUAAUCGCGCCCUGAUCUCCGGUGGUAGUUCUGGCGGCGAGGGAUCUCUGGUCGGUGCCCGUGGUAGCGUUCUGGGUAUUGGGACGGAUAUCGGGGGCUCGAUUCGUAUCCCGGCGGCGCUUUGUGGGCUUUAUGGGCUUUCGCCUAGUCCUGGGAGACAUCCUUAUGAGAGGGGGAAUCCUGGACAAGAUAUCGUCCGCUCCGUCGCCGGACCUAUGGCUUAUACUCUUGCUACCGUUGAACGGUAUAUGGAAGCUUUGCCAGAAGCGAGGGCAUGGGAAGUUGAUCCGCAAGUCGUACCUAUGCCGUGGCGGACGCAGUUAGCAAUUCCCGGUGCGCGGAGGUUGAGGAUUGGUAUUGUGGUAGAUGAUGGUGUUGUCCGAGUUCAGCCACCGAUUGCGAGGGCGAUAAAGGAGGUUGUUUCUGCUUUGAAGGCAGCUGGACACGAGGUAUUCAACUGGGACGCUUCCUCGCAUGGCCACGCAUACAAACUAUGGGAAAAAGCCAUCCUCUCCGAUGGCGGCGAGGGCUGUCGCAAGAAGACAGAAAUAACCGGUGAACCACUUAUUGAGGGUAUGCUUGUCGGCAAGCCGGAUGAUGAAUUGACCACUAGUCAAACGCACCAGCUCAACGCAGACAAAUACAACUACGAAACCGACUACCUGAGUAAAUGGACCGAGACCGGUAUUGACGCAUUGAUCAUGCCGAAUACGCCGUGGGUGGGAUAUAAGCCAUGGACUUGGGUAAAGUCUAGCGCCUAUGUCGGCUACACGAGUAUCUGGAACCUGUUGGGUUAUGCGGCGUUGGCUAUGCCGAUUACCACCGUUGAUAGGGAGAAGGAUACUCCUGAUGAGGAGUGGAUGGGUCAUGUUCCUAGGAAUGCGAGUGAUGAGUUCAAUAAGGCACAGUAUGAUGUUGAGCUGGUUGAGGGGAUGCCGGUUGGCAUUCAGGUUGUUGGUGGUCGGUUUGGGGAGGAGAAGUGUGUUGCUGUGGCUAAGGCGAUUGAAUUGGCUAUGGAGAGGGUUGGAUCGAAGAGUCUUUGA